AGUGUCACAUUGUGUUAUUAUAUGGGCUUAUUAUACCUCUCACUCACAUCGUUGGGCUAUCCUCUAAUUGACCAGCCUAUCGCCUGCAGCGCUUGACAAGUGCUUAGAACAGUCUCGUGGCAAAGCUCGUCCCACUCAAAUUCCCUGUUUCAAUAACAAAGGACUGACUUAGCCUCUCUGAUCUACAUCUCUUCUUCGAUCGUUAAAGCGAAGUCAUCUGUAGAGGAAAGCAACCAUGGCCGAGGGAUCAAACUAUGACUAUCUGUUCAAGGUCGUCUUGAUCGGUGAUUCUGGUGUCGGAAAAUCUAAUUUGCUAUCUCGAUUCACGCGAAAUGAAUUCAACCUCGAAUCAAAGUCUACUAUUGGAGUGGAGUUUGCGACCAGGAGUAUCAACGUGGACGGAAAGACAGUCAAGGCUCAGAUCUGGGAUACAGCUGGACAGGAACGGUAUCGUGCCAUCACUUCUGCCUACUACAGAGGCGCCGUGGGAGCUCUGCUAGUGUACGACAUUGCCAAGCAUCAGACUUUUGAAAAUGUCAUUCGGUGGUUGAAAGAGCUCAGAGACCAUGCGGAUCAGAAUAUUGUCAUCAUGCUCGUGGGAAACAAGAGCGAUUUGAAACACCUUCGAGCGGUCCCAACAGAUGAGGCUAGGGGUUUCUCAACUGAGAAUGGCCUAUCAUUCAUCGAGACUUCAGCUUUGGACGCAUCCAACGUCGAGUCGGCAUUCCAGAACAUCUUGACAGAAAUCUACCGCAUCGUGUCCUCCAAAUCCCUCGAAUCAUCAGGAGACGUUAUCCGUCCUUCCGGCGGAGAAACUAUCCUUGUUGCUCCGACUGCCGAUGACGGAGGUGCCAAGCAGAAGAGCAACUGUUGUGCUUGAGCAGGGAUCGGUGCUGAGCGAGGGGACGACGCUCGAUUAGAUUAUCUCGAAGUGUCUUCCUCCAAAGUGGGGCUCUACCCACCCGCUUAUCUCAUCUCGUGUCUUUCUGCUCUACUCUAUGGGGUCUUCUCUCUAUCUCCCCCGUCUCCAUUCUCGGGGUUUUUCUGCCGUAGCUGUUACAUUCGUGAUCUAUACAAUGUACAUUAUAUCAUUGAGA